ACUGGCAAAGCAAUCAGAAUGAAAUAAGCGACCAUUCAGCGCUCAUCAAGCAUCGCACUGACAUCGCAUUUCUCGAAAUCCUUAUAACUCAUUUGAGAAACUUUUAGGACUUUCUUAAGCUUGAACUGACGAAGCUCAAACCGACGGAUUCAUUGACAUCGGUUGGGUGGAGAUUUUCUUUGGUUAUCUGAAGUGAUACUUUCGAAUUUUCUGAGUUAAAAAAAAACACAAUCAUUUGACAAAGUUCCACUCUGCAAGGAGUUUUACAAGCGGACCGCUCCAGAGAGAAUUCCAAAGGAUUACUAUUCAUAGCGAGGUCGGCAAGGAUCCAUUAUACCGCUGAGUCAGGCUUUAUCGUCCUCUUAACACCAGGACCAACAAUCACUCUAUCAUAACCCAUUCUGGAUGACAAGUCGGGUCUAUUCUUUGGUCUACCCAUCGCCUCAAGCUCACAUCUUCACAAGCUGGAUCCUAUUUUCCCCACGCAUCAGUUUGGAACGGAAUAAUUCCCGAAGAGAACAUAGAAAUCAGUUCCUACUUCAUAAUGAGAAAGCUCUUCGCGUAGAUUCCCUGGCUACUGUCACAGGCAACAUUUCUUUGAACUUCACCACAUCCGUCUAUAGGAUACAUCUUUGGACUCUGUGAAAAUCUUUAAAAUAAAGGAACAUGCGUGUAAUUAGUUCUGCCGAAUUUCUGACGGGUGUGUUGAUCUCGUUGGUCCUUCUCAUCGUCGCUCACGUCGUCGAGCCCGGUGUCAUCGGUUCGAGAUCAUCAUCGGCGUCGACACAUCGGAAGCAGACUCAAUCAUUACCAUCGCAAGAUGAUCUGUCAGAAGAACAGGCGAUGACAUUCUUAAAAGACUACGGGUAUAUCGAAAUGCAACAAGCCAAAAACAGAACAAAUGACGAUGGCAAAACGUCGUCGGACCAAAGGAGUAUGCCAUCAUCCACACAAACAACAGACCAGGAACAAUCAAAACCUGACAUUGUGGACUUUAAAGAAGGUAUCAAGGCAUUCCAGAGAAGAUACCAAAUACCGGUAACGGGGGAGAUUGAUUCGGCUACGAAAGAAAUUAUGUCUAAACCAAGAUGUGGUGUACCUGAUUACCAGUUUCAGAUCAAACAAACCGUCGACGGAAAAGGCCUAGACCAUUCUGGAUUAAACGAUGAUUCAAAGCAAAUGGAAGAAGAGAAGCUAGCAUUUGUGACUUCUCCUGUGAUGGUCACGGACACUACACCGGACGGGAAGCAGUUGGGUAAAUCGUUGCUAGAUCCUUUGAGUGAAAGUGCGAAAUCAGGCGACGGAAUGGACAAGUACCCUUAUGGACCGCCAUCUGUGCCGGAAGACAAGACAUCUGGUGAUGAUAGCGCUUCCUGGGGGCAGUACUCAGUCCUAGAAGUAAGUUUUGAGGAAGAUUUCGAAGAUAUAGAGACAGUGGAUGAAGAAGAUCUCGGAGAGGUCCUGACGACGCCAAACCCAGAAGAUGACAUCAAGGAAACCACGGUGUUGACUUAUACUGUCACCGAGGUGGUUUCAGCUUUAGUCAGCGAACUUGAUUCUAAAACUACACAGACAACCUUAAAGUAUCCCAAGUUUUCUUCAAGUGACAAUAAGGAAAAUGAUGAUAAAAGUGGGAUACGCCCUAAACGUGACAUUCGAAAACUGGUCAGAGACGUGAUUGGUGAGUCGAAUCACCGAGAACGACGUGACUCACACGCAAAUGGCCAGGCGUCUUCGUCAUCUGGUUCAGGUUUGAGAUUCUCUACCACGGAUCUUCCCAUCACGUGGCGAGUUUUGGAUGACUAUGCCCCUAAUUCAGAUACGUCGGGUAUCUUUACUGCAGCUUUCAGAAGAUGGGCGGAGGUUACACCACUCACAUUCAGGGAACAGAAUUCAGGAGAUGUUCUUAACGUCGAUAUCAAAAUCGCCUUUGCUAAUUCCAAUGAUCUUUCCGACUUUGGGAAUCACAGAUGGUCAUCAGGUCAGUUGGCUAUCUCGGACGUGGCAACUAAUCACAUAUUCUUCAACGAAAAUAAACUCUGGACUGACCGAUCUGACCAAGACUACAACCUUCAGUCAGUAGCUGUACAUGAGAUCGGUCAUUUCCUAGGGUUGGGCCACAGCACAAAUGCUUCGUCCAUCAUGUAUCCUAUCUAUCGCACUUUUGAUGGAAAAGUGACAAUUGACAGCGAGACAAAGACUGCUGUUCAGAACAUUUAUGGAACCUGUAAUAACUCGUUGGACACCGUAUUUGACUGGAAAAGGAUGAAUCAGUUAGGACAGUGGACCUACACAACCUACUUCGUUCGUAACAGAUAUAACUGGGUGUAUGUCAACUCUAGGGAUGAGGUCAAGUAUGCUGAACCAAAGCUCAUUAGUAGCCGCUUCGGAGGUGUUCCUGACGACCUAGACGCUGUUGUCCAAAAUGUUGAUAAACCAAGGGAUGAGAUGUAUUUUUUCAAAGGUAAUCGAUAUUGGAGAUUUAACCACGCAGGCAAAACUGUUUACACAACUACCUUCGAGGGAGUUGAGUGGUCGGCAAAUGGUCGGCUCAUAUCGGAGGGUUGGCCCGCAAAACCUGGAUCUGAUACCCGCAUCCCUGACAAUAUAGAUGCUGCUUACUACGAUAAGAGAGAUAAUAAUUAUUACUUCUUCAAAGGAAGCAUGGUUUAUGGCUACAGCGUAGAGGAAGGUGGAUGCUGUCUGGAUAAUUACCCAAUGCCCAUCAGUACUGCUUACCCUGGCGAGUUCAGUUACAUUGCACCAUUAGAAGACAAUAUCGAUGCAGCUUACUAUUCAAUCAAGCAUAAGAAAUUGUUUUUCUUCAAGGGUGCCUAUUACUGGGAGCAUGCAACCUUUGACCCCUCAGCAAGAACGAUAUACAACAGAGUCAAACAACGCGCUUCCUGGGAUACCAGGUGGCGUGACAUCUGUGACGUCGAAUGAUAGAAACGUAUAUAUUGCGUGUCCUGUCAUUCUGUGAAUGGUUGUACGCGCGUGUCGUAGAGUAUAAGGAAUAAAUUAUGUGGUGCGCGUAUAGUGUGUGUGGGUGUGUAUGCGUGUGUGCAUGCGUUAGGUCUGUUGCAUACUAUCUGACUACAACGCGUUUCGAUGCGUUCUCUCGAUCGGAACAGAUUGAAGGAUUCUUCCGAAGUAGGCAGCAAGUGUGCGAUUGGCUUGUUUGAGUAUUUGUGGGGUUGUCCAAUAGUGUGGAAGUUAAGAACACAUAAUGGACAGUGCCAUCAACCAUUGCAAUCUCGGGUAUCCUCUUAGAGGUAUCUAUGGUGUCCUAUAAUCAUAAUGGUUGCGGUCAUUUUAUCGCUCUAUAAACAAACUUAAGUCAUUACCGAAUGAUACUUGGCUUUUUUUAAUGAGCUAAGGUCAUUUAUUUGUCUAGUAUUAAUUAUUCACCAACUGUUUAUCAAUGGGAUUUGAUUUUUCCCGUUAUGAACAUUCUUUAUGAAUAAUUUUUUUUAAUAUGACUUGUAUUAAUCAGUCGUAUAAGGAAGCCAAUGUGUCAUAUACAUAACUGUAAAUAAUUGACCAAGUUCAUUUUUUAAGUAUUGCUUGGUUAGGUACCCUUUAAAAGAUCUUAAAAAAGAUUUGAACAUUAUAUUUUCUCAGGAAUAUAUUUCGUGUAAAUUAUUACUUUCUAUUUAUAUUUCUAUUUUCUCUCCAUAUAUUUUGUCUUCCUGUCUCAAAACGCUACAAUGUGUGGUACGGUUAUAUUGAAAAUAUAUGAUCACUUUCAUGAGAUUUUUAUCUGUUCAUUUAGAUAUUCACAUAAAUAAUUGCCAAUUACAAGUAUGAUUCAUAAAAUCUUAAUUCCAAAGGUGUAAUAGUACUUCACCGCUACAUAAUCGUCAGAUUAAUUUCAUCUGUAUCUGUUUGAUUCAACUCAAACUUAGUUAUUAUCCUGGCCUCUGAGAGAGGUACAAUUUUAUUAUUCAAUAUUCAUUAAUUAUAUACCUAUCAUUUUUCCAUAAAGUGAAACAAUACUUUCAUAGAUGUUUAGAUAUAAGGAUCGUAUAACAAGUGAACAUGUUAUACAUUGUGCUGCACUCAACCCAGGUGAGGUGAAUGGGUAGCGGGUAGGAAGAAAUUUCUCGAAUGCUUCAGUAGCUAUAUGGGUGGCACAGCUAUAGCCGGGAUAAUAAUGGCAGCGCUUUGUAUCCUCAUGCAAAAAAAAACGCUUUACGAAUCCUGUUAGUAUUGAGUUUCACUUGUAUUAUUUCCAAAACCAUUUUAGAUGUAUUCAAUUCGAUCCGAUUUUUGCCUCAUUAAAUCUAUGGAAUAAUAAGAUAUAAAAUGGUAAACACCUUCAAGCACCUUGUUAAAAAAGGAUUAGGUAAGGAUUUAGUUUCAUUCAUUUGAUAUUAUUUUUGUAAUUUAUGUAUUCAGGAUAAACAUGACAAACACAGCUCUUUUACAUCAUGGUCCUGAUACAACAGGUUUAAAAACUGAAUAUGAAAUAUGGUAUCAUCACUUAUAUACUAAAACAACCCCAAUAUGCAAUUAUUUUUUUUAAUAAAACAAAAUGAAUUGAAAUGAAAAAAAUGUUGAUAAAAAAUAUCAAUGUAAAUAUUUUUUUAAUAAAACGAAGUAUAUAUCAACUUGUCAUUAAAAAUUCGGUAGAUAAUAGAAAAAUAGCCAAAAUUCGUUUGGGCCUUACUCGUCACCUCUGUGCAACGAAUUUUGUUGCAACGGUGAAAGAUGUUUAAUUAAAAAUUAUUAUAUCUAUACUUGAGCUGUAAUAAUCAUUAAGCUACCACUUACUCAGGAAUGAUAAGAUAUCGAAGCAGCAAAGUUUAAAUAAUUUUUUUUUUCAAAUCGGUAGGUCUGUAAAAUCCCUCCACACAAUGAUUAGAUCACAGCUUUUUUCAUCUCCGUUUUUUUGGGUAUUUAAUUUGGAAAUGAAUGUCGUGAUUCUGUAGAAAGCAUCAAAUGGAACUUUUGAUAUUUCAAAACAACAGCAUCAACAAAAAUCAUGGUGAUUUAUGGUACUCUAAAUGACACUAAAUUGCAGUUUCAAAGAAACAAAAUCAUGGGCGCGUUUUGUACAAAAAGGAAUACGACGCACAGGCGUAAUGCCCUUUGGAAUAUAGGUUUACUAAUGACGUUUUUACAACCAUGUACAAAUUGGACGCGUGAAUACGAGACUACUAAUUUAUUAAUGAUGUUUCAUGACUUGCAACUGUUUUUUUAAACUGUAGUGUGCUAUUGAAUUAUGUUUUAAACGAAAAAGAGGUCUUAACAUACUAAUCCUAAUAUAUAUGACAAGGGUGGGUGCAUAUCGGACAUCCACCUGCUUUAUAUUAAUAGUCUUGUACUUUGACUUAAGAAAAACUUAAGGUGUGCUAUUUAUUUCUAAAUUAUUGAUUUUCUUGUGUUUUUAACUUAAGGAGAUGAAGCUUGUUUAUUAAACUUAGUCAAGCUUUUAAAGGUACGUAAAGACCUCACUGACAUCGAGCAUGCAUGCGCUUUUAUAUUCUACCUUAUAUUCUGCCUUCAUAAUCCCCUAAAAGUAUAGCGAUCAUUUCCCCAUAAAUCAGCCAAACACACCUUGUAUUUCAAUACCUAAUUUACCCAUUUACCAAAUAGAAAGUUUGAAUAUAAGCUUUUCGAUAUGGGCAUCAACAAUUGUUGAAAUCUCCACAGAUAUAGGAUAUAAAAGCAAAUGCAACACAAUGAGACGACGUAGAUUUUGAAAGCAGAUUUUUGCUCGAACAGUUGCCAGUGAGGUCGACAUAAUAUUCCUAUGAAUGGGAAUCUAACCCUUUUGAAUAUAAACCAAAUUUGAUAUAAAGAUAGAUUUGUAAAAUGUCAAAUUUGGUUCAUAU